AUGGACCCAUCGCAUCACAAGGCGGGGUCAUCAUCAGCAGCAGCAGCCACAACAGGAGGGACAUUUUCUUCUUCUCAUAAUCAGCAGAAGACAACCAACUCCAAUCCUAGUAGUAGUACUACCACCACUCCCAACAGCAGCAAUCGGGGACAUCGAGUUCGUAGUGGCGACGACUCGACUUCCAAGAAGAAGAAGAAGUCCCCCCAGAAGAAGCGCCACUUGUUGACCAUUGCUAGUGAAUACUAUAGUAGUAGUCACGACUAUAACAACAACAGCACGAUGGAUUGGUUCGGGGGGAUCUUUGACGAACAGCCGGCCAAGGAAGAAGAGUUCCCCAAAGACGAACAAGAGUUGGAUGAUGCCGCACGAGAUGCCGCCAAGGCGGAUAUUCGAAGGAUUCUCAGUACGACUUCCGAAGAGGCAGACCGUCAACUGGAACUCGACCCGUAUGACCACACACUCGUCCAACAAAUCGAAAAGGAAUUGGCCGAAGAAGGCAGUGGCGGAGACAGCGACACGAACAACACUCAUCGCAUCAGUGAAGUCGCCACUAUUACCGAUUCCGUCAAGGGCGAAAACGAUGAUCUCGAUGACGACGAUGACGAUAGCGAAGAACAAGAAGAAGAAGAAGGCGCCCUGCCCAACUUGGCCAACAUGUUCUUUCUAGGACAAGUCGCCAACAAGUUCAAAAUUACCGCCACGGCGCGCAAAUCGGUAGCCGAGCAAAUGAAGAUUGAAGCCGAUAUACGAGCCUAUUUGGCCAUUGAUGGCAACACGGAAGAUCAACUGCGUGCCACGGGAGAAUUUGACAAAGAAGAUGCCAAUCGCGUCCUCGCAAAAAUCAAACAAGAACGAGCCAUUCUCAAAUUGGCCGAAACGGAAAUGACCGAUGCCAGUUCCAAAUCGCAAUCGCAACAGCAACAACAAAAUACCCCCAAGAGUAGUAAUAAUACGCAACUCGAAACGAGUCCGUCCGGAGAAGCGGUCGAAUUGAUUGAGGAAUUCUCCAGAGAUGAUAAUGAUGAUCAAUCGUCAAAAGAUCAAGUCAAGAAACAGCUCUUUGGUGACCAACAGCAGCCAGACGAUCUCGACUCGAUUGAACAAUCCCGUACGUUCGAACAAAACGAACAGAAUGAUCCUACCGCUACACUCCACAACGACAAUAUGGUACCACUCGUCGAAUCCAUGGAAAGUACCACUUCGUCCGAUCUUGGGACUAACGCCAGUUCGGCGGCGGGAGCCUACUUUGAUCCCAUUCGGGCGUCGCGGACGGACGAAAGUAGUAGUAUCAAGGAUUCUCUGCCCAUGAUCUUGUCGGCAUCGACCGUCGGCAACAGCUAUCCAGCACCGCAGACUACGGAGGCGGAAAUGAUUGUCGCCCUUCAACAACAAUUGGCUCAAAAGGAACAACAUCUCGCACAAUCCAUUGACGAAUGGAAGGGACAACUCGAACAAAAGGAAGAACAGUUGGCACGAUCGCAAGGCAUUCUCGCGCACAAGGAAGAUCAAGUCAAGAUUCUCGAAGAACAAUUGCGCACGCGGCCGACGACUAUGAGCAAUAAGAGUACUCCCACCAAAGAUAAUACUGCUACGACCAAACAGCAAGCACUAUCACAAGAAACACCUCCUCCUCCGACACAAACAAAGUCGGACGAAGAAUCACCCUUUGACGAACGCGACAGUGACAUGCAACCACCACCACCAAAGACGUUUUCGCAACUAUUCCAAGAAGCACAGGCGGAAAUGCAGGCGCUGCAGGAACAUACCCUCGAACUCGUCCAGGAAUUGGAUCGGACCCAGACCGAGUCGCAGGCGACACAGAGCACCAUGGAAAAUGAAAGAAUACAAUGGCAAAAAGAACGCACCGAAAUUGUCAAGAAUUCCUUUGCCACUCUGCAAUCCAAAUUCCGAAGCAUGCGGGGUGAAAAGGACCAACUCGAAGCCACGCUAGAGAAGGAACGGCGGCAGUGGAAAACCGAAAAACAGCAGUGGCAAAAGGAACGGGAAACGUUGGUCAAGACGUCCUUUGCCAACCUCCAAUCCAAGUACCACGAAGUCAAGGGGGAGAAUGACCGACUGCAGACCACCUUGGAGAAAGAGAGAGAACAGUGGCAAAAAGAACGCGAGACAAUUGUCAAGGAGUCGUUUGCCAACCUUCAAUCCAAAUAUCACGAGGUCAAGGGGGAGAACGACCAACUGCAAGACACUCUAGAGACUGAGCGAGAACAGUGGCAAACGGAGCGCACGUCGAUUGUCAAGGACUCAUUUGCCAGCCUGAAAAACAAGUUCCAUGACAUCAAGGGGGAGAAAGAGAACUGGAAGCUACGCUCAAAACCAAGGAGCAAAGCUGGCAAAAAGAGCGCGAGUCUCUGGUGA